AUGGCAGUUGAAGGAUUCUCCGAAACGAGGUUAUUUAUCAACGGCCAGUUUCGAGCCUCCUCAAGUGGCAAGCAGUUCCCAGUUUACAAUCCCGCAACUAACGAAACCGUCGCGCUAGUACAUGAAGCGUGUGAAACGGAUGUAGAUGAUGCCGUAGCUGCGGCGAAAGCUGCAUCUCCGUCAUGGCGACGUCUCGGGCCUGCUGAAAGAGGGGCCUAUCUUCGCAAGUUCGCGGAUCUCAUUCAAGACUCCCAUAAUGAACUCAUGCGAAUUGAAGCUCUUGCGACGGGGAAGCCAGUAAGCCAAUUCUUUGAGGCUCAGGUCGCUGCAGACUUCUUCCGACACUUUUCUGAGGCCGGUUGGAAUGCUCAAGGCACGACAAGUCUUAAUACUCAGGACCAUCUGAAUAUGUCGAUCAAACAGCCCUAUGGAGUAGUGGCUUGCAUCACUCCGUGGAAUCUGCCCAUCCUUUUAUUUGCAUAUAAGGUGGCCCCAGCGCUUGCUGCCGGAAAUACCGUGGUCCACAAGAGUAGUGAAAAAUCACCGUUGGCAGCAGCAUACUUGGCCACACUUGUGGAGAAAGCAGGAUUCCCACAGGGGGUGUUGAAUAUGAUCUCCGGGUUUGGCAUGCCAGCCGGUUCUGCGCUAGCAUCUCAUAUGGAUGUUCGCUGUCUCAGCUUUACCGGUUCCUCCUCCACUGGCCAGAAGAUCCAGGUUGCUGCCGCCAGCUCCAAUAUGAAGCAUGUACACCUUGAACUCGGUGGAAAGUCACCCGCCUUGAUUUUCCAUGAUGCCGAUCUGCAAGCCGCUGCCGAGCAAACAGCAUUUAGUCUCUCUUUUCUGAGCGGACAGAGCUGUAUGACGAAUUCUCGCAUCUACGUAGAGGAAUCUGUCGCGGAGGAGUUCCUGGCUUUGUUCAAGAAAGCGUUCGCCUCUUCACAUUCAGGCAAUCCACUAGAUCCUGCCACAACCCACGGGCCUCAGAUUGACGAGCACCAGUGCAGUCGCAUUAGGUCUUACAUCGACAUUGGCCGGCAAGAUGGUAUGCUCAGCAUGGGUGGAGACUCCGGCCCAGGCCUCUUUGUCCAGCGUACUAUUUUCGAAGGAGUACCAGAGGACUCCCGACUAAUGCAAGAGGAGGUAUUUGGGCCAGUAGUAGUAAUCAACCGCUUCGGUAAUGAAUCGGAGGCUAUCGAGCGAGCCAAUCGAUGUGAGUUUGGGCUUUACGCAUCGGUUUUCACCAAGGACAUCAAUCGUGCGUUGCGUGUGUCGACGGCGCUUGAGGCUGGAACAGUUGCGAUCAACUGUACUAGUCCAUCUAUGGCGAUGGACAUGCCAUUUGGUGGUUGGAAAAUGAGCGGUGUGGGCCGCGAAGGAUACCUUCACAGCAUGGAGAACUUCCUGGAAACGAAAACUAUUCUGAUGCGUGUUAAACCCGAUGUAGGGGUUCCCCUUUGUCAUUGA